GGUGACGCCUUAUUGCCCACUCUUAUAAGACCAGGACUUCAGCUCAACUCAGUGUACACAGCGAGACUGAACGCAAGUGAAGACAAAGCAUUACACAGGAGGCACCUAUCGACAUCUCAUCAUAAAUGGCUCAAGCUUUGGACAUUGAAAGAUGGGAUUUGGAGUGUGAGUUUAACAACACAGAUCACCACACUGAUCUAAACGGGGUGGAUCGUCUGGUUGUCCGCAGAGGCCAGCCAUUCACCAUCAGCCUGCACCUUCGUUCCGGUACCUUCCGGCCAGGAGUCAACACCUUUACUCUCAUCGCCGAGACAGGGCCAUGCUCCUCUGAGGGAACAGGCACCAGGGCGGCGUUCGGUCUGAGCGACUCUGUCGACGAGACGCGCUGGAGCGCCGCUACGUCCUGCGUGGACGGACACAUCGUCUCCCUGUCCAUCUGCUCCCCCCCGGACGCCCCCGUCGGUCGCUACUCUCUCACCCUGGACCAGGGCCACAGGGUCAGCCUGGGGGAGUUUGUGGUCCUCUUCAACCCCUGGUGUCCGAGAGAUGUGGUGUAUAUGGACAGUGAAGAGAAGCUGAGGGAGUAUGUGCUAUCUCAAGAUGGGAUUAUCUACAGAGGAACUUACGAAUACCCCAUUGGCACACCAUGGAACUUUGGACAGUUUGAACCUGGUAUCUUGGAUGCGUGUCUGCGGAUUCUGGACAUGAACCCGAAAUACAUGCGGAACCCAGAUGAGGACUGCUCGGGUAGGCGUAACCCUGUGUAUGUGAGCAGGGUGCUGAGCCGAAUGGUGAACUGCAACGACGACAGGGGGGUGCUGUACGGGAGGUGGACAGACGAUUACACAGACGGGGUCAGCCCCAUGUCCUGGAGGGGCAGCGUGGAGAUCCUGCUCAACUGGGACGCCACUUCCUGUAACCCUGUGCGCUACGGCCAGUGCUGGGUGUUCGCUGCAGUGGCCUGCACAGUUUCCAGAGCUCUGGGGAUCCCCUGUCGUGUGAUAACCAACUACCUGUCCGCUCACGACACCAACAGUAACCUGGUGAUCGAGCGCUAUGUGGAUGAGAGGGGACAGCCAGUGCAGAGGUCCAAGGACAUGAUAUGGAACUAUCACUGCUGGGUGGAGAGCUGGAUGACUCGACCUGACCUGCAGCCUGGCUUUGAUGGUUGGCAAGCGAGUGACCCAACACCACAGGAGAAGAGUGAAGGGGUUUUCUGCUGUGGUCCUGUCCCUCUGAAAGCCAUCAAGCAGGGAGAGCUCACCUUCAAGUACGACGCCCCGUUUGUGUUCGCCGAGGUCAAUGCUGACGUGCUCACCUACACCCGCCACAAGGACGGCAAGGUCACCAAGAUCAUCCACUCCACCUCCGUGGGCCGCACAAUCAGCACCAAGAGCGUGGGGACCGACAGGAGAGAGGACAUCACACACCUCUACAAGUACCCCGAGGGCUCCAGCGAGGAAAGAGAAGCCUUCAAAAAAGCCGACCAUCAGAACAAACUGCUGCAGCAGGGCUCCACCUCGGGACUGCGCCUGAAGAUCACCGUCUCCAAGGAGAUGAGGAAAGGCUGCGACUUUGACGUCUUCCUCGUGGUGGCCAACGACAUGCCGGACACCAAGCUGUGCCGCCUCAUGUUCUGCUCGAGGGCCACCUCCUACAACGGCAUCCUGGGAAAGGACUGCGGGUACAAAGACCUGCUCAACCUGCAGGUGGCGCCAGGCGAAGAAAAACAAGUUCCUCUCAGACUCAACUAUUGCAAGUAUGGAGCAAACAUCACAGAGGACAACCUGAUCCGGGUGGUGGCUCUUCUCACUGACUACAGCAACAAGGAUAUGUACCUCGCAGUGAGGACCAUUGUAUUGGACGACCCAGAAAUCAAAAUAAGGGUCCUGGGGGAACCGAAAGUGAACCGGAAGCUGGCAGCGGAGAUCACGAUGCAGAACCCCCUCCCAGACCAGCUGGACAACUGCUGCUUCAGCGUGGAGGGAGCCAACCUCACGGGAGGGAAGACCAUAACCGAGAGGUUGGGGUCUUCAGUGGGACCUGGGCAGGAGGCUAAAGUGAAGGUCUACUUCACCCCCACACGCUCUGGGCUCAGGAAGCUGGUGGUGGAUUUCAACAGCAGCAAGCUCGGUCACGUCAAGGGCUACCGAAACGUUAUCAUCGGAAAGUAGAGUGCAACAUAUAUAACCUUUAUUUGACUAGGAAGUCACAUUGAGAUUAAAACCUCUUUUACAAAUGAGACAUAGCCAAGACAGAGUCAAAUAGCAGCAUAACAAAAUCAUAAUCACAAGACCAUUACAAUAGAGUACUAUCCAUAAGUAUGUUACUUAAAACAAUUACAGCUAACCGUGAGAACAUCCAUUAUUCUUAUAUUAAAAUCGCUUAAUGAAAUAAAAUAAUUGAGUUUGAGCUUAGCCUGCAGCUCGUUCCAGGUCCAAGAACCACUGUAGGACAAGCAUGCUCUUCCAUCACUCUUGGGCUACUUCCUCUUUGGCUUCUGAAUUCAUGAUAACCUUUAUAUAGAAAAGGCUAUGUCCAAUAUUGAUUUAUUCAGAUUUUUCAGCCUAAUGAUGCCUGAUGUACUGCUAUUGACACUUACUGUAUCUGGUCCACUUGUUGAGAGACCGCAGUAAUAGACAUGCACAUUUCACACACAUUUCACAGAUAUCCUAGAAUCAAGGUGCUGCAAUGUGCAAGCUUUCAAUGUACAAAACAACUGUCAAAUUACAUUUGGUCCCCAAAGAAAAAGGGCUGUAAUUCCGACAUGGAUUAUCCAAUGUGGAUGUAAAUACCCUCAUGUUAAAGCUGACGGUCUGCACUUUAAGAUUAUAUUCACUGUUUUAUUUCAAAUCCAUUGUACUGGUGUACAGAGCCUAAAAAAGAUAUUUGCAGACUACACAUGUAUAUGUGGCUAUCAUGCAUUCAGAUACCAAGGAGGUCUAUCAACUUUCUGAACUCACAAAGUACGAUAUUUACACAUUGGAUAUUGGAAUGUAUAUUUACACUUUUUGUUAUUGACUUGGAGGCGACACCUCUUUAGAAACAUUUACGUGCAGGUAUUCAGCAGUCUUCAUUAAUUAUGUGCCUAUACAAUAUGCAUUUUAUGGCCAGACAUGUUUCUUCACGUGAAAGUGCAGUUUUUUGUCCAUGUGCACUUCUUACAUUUCAAAUAUGGAUGAACACCAAUACAAACUAUCUAAAGGUCUAAAGAAACUUUUGCAAAAUUGAAGGUUUUUAUGUACUGUGUACUAUUGAAUUUAUAUUGUUAUACUUACGCUCAAUUAAAGUGCCUUUCAAUAUUAAA